AUGCCAUAUUUCAAGAUGAUGAUUGGUGGGCCUGUCUUCGGAUACCUGGUCAGCUGUCUGGAGCAAAGAAAAGAGCUCUACAAUUUCAAGAUACAUCAGACAGCAGCCAGACCCUCAGCUGUGUGUUCUCAUUUCACCCAAGACCUUUGGACAGUGCAGGGCAUAGAAGAUUCAUUCCACAAACUUAUACAAAAAGGACAUGAGAAACGUGGACAUGAGAAUUUAAAAUUAAGAAAAACUUGUAGAAGUGUGAAUGAGUGUAAGGUGCAGAAAGGUGGUUAUAAUGGAAUUAACCAAUGCUUAUUAACUACCCGGAGCAAAAUAAUUCAAUGUAAUAUAUGUGUUGAAGUUUUUCAUAAAUUUUCAAAUUCAAACAAACAUAAGAUAACUGGAGAGAAAACCUUUAAAUGUGAAGAAUGUGGCAAAUCAUUUCAUGUGCUCUGACGCCUAACUCAACACAAAAGAAUUCAUACUGGAGAGAACUCCCACACAUAUGAAGAAUGUGGCAAAGCCUUUAAUCGGUCCUCAAUUCUUACUAAACAUAAGAGAAUUCAUUCCAGAGAGAAACCCUACAAGUGUGAGGAAUGUGGUAAAGGCUUUACUCGGUCCUUACACCUUACUAAACACAAGAGAAUUCAUACUGGAGAGAAACCAUACAUAUGUGAAGAAUGUGGUAAAGCUUUUAACCAAUCCUCAACCCUUAAUUUACAUAAGAGAAUUCAUUCUGGACAAAAAUGUUACAAAUGUGAAGAAUGUGGUAAAGCCUUUAAGUGGUCCUCAUCCCUUAAUGAACAUAAGAGAAUUCAUGCUGGAGAGAAAUCCUUCUCAUGCGAAGAAUGUGGCAAUGUCUUUACUACAUCCUCAGACUUUGCUAAACAUAAGAGAAUUCAUACAGGAGAGAAACCCCACAAAUGUGAAGAAUGUGGCAAAUCCUUUAAUAGGUCCACAACCCUUACGACACAUAAGAGAAUCCAUACUGGAGAGAAACCCUACACUGGAGAAUGUGGUAAAGCCUUUAAUUGGUCCUCAACCCGUAAUGUACACAAGAGAAUUCACUCUGGAAAAAAUCCCUACAAAUGUGAAGAUUGUGGCAAAGCCUUUAAAGUGUUUGCAAACCUGCGUAAUAAUAAAAAAAUUCAUACUGGAGAGAAACCCUACGUAUGUACACAAUGUGGCAAAGCCUUUAAAUAGUCCUCACACCUGAAUAAACAUAAGAAAAUUCGCACUGUAGAUAAACCCUACAAAUGUAAAGAAUGUGGGAGUACUUUUAAGCAGUAUUCCAACCUUCCUCAACAUAAGAGAACUCAUACUGGAGGAAAAUUUUAGAAAUGUAAAGCAUGUGGGAGCUUUUAAGUCUUCCUCAAUCUUUUAUAAUCAUAAUUCAUACUGGAGAGAAAGUCUACAUAUGUGAAAAAUUUGGCAAAGCUUUUAACCACAACUCAAUCUGUUCUAAACAUAAGAGAAAUGGUAUUGGUGAGAAGCCAUAAAAAUAUGAAAAGUGUAGAAAAGCCUUCAAAUGCUUGUCACAUCUUACUAUUUAUAAUUCCUACAGAAGAAAACCCCUAGGAAUAUUAAAAGUGUUGGCAAAACUUUUAACCAAUGCUCAUAUCUCUUAGCACAUGAUAGCAUUUAUGCUUGAGAAAAAUAGUACAAAUAUGGAAAAUGUAGAAGAGCCACUAAUGCCUACUCAAGUGUUACUAAAUAUCAGAGAGUCUGUACUUAAUAAAAGCAUUAUAAAUGUAAUGUUUGUUGAAAGACCUAUUAGAAAAUACAGGUCUUAAAAGUGAAGAAGAGUAUUCUGAAGACGGACAAUACAAAUAGCAAGAUGGUUGUUGUACCUAUACUUGCAUCAUGGGUCUUAUUGUGCAUAUUUCGUACUAGAAGAAAACCCUGAAGCACUUGCCCAAAAUUUCUUCAACAUUGGAGAAUUUAUAUUGGAAAGAAAUUUUACAAAUAUAAUAAAUUUGGAAAAGCAUUUGUUCAAAAACUGUAGCUUAAAAAGUACCAGAGGGUUUAUACUAGAAGAUAUUUUGUAGAUGCGUUAAAUAUGAAAAGAUAUUCAGUCUAAAAUUAAGACUAAACGUCAGAAUAUUUACAGUAGAAAGAAGAAGGCAUUAACACUUGAAACAUUACAGUAAAUCAGAGUGUUAAGUAUAAAAAAAUUCCAAAGCCGAAACUGUUAGAUAAUUUCUUUGUAUAUAAGUUGAAAAGGAGUAGAUUUUUGAAGUUAUUCCAUUGAAAUUAUACUUUUUUACUUGAAAAAGUUAUAGAUUUUUUGAAAAGCAAAUUCAACUCUAAAAUUUAUUCAUACUGAUUCAACUUAUUGUUUAUAUGAAAGCGUGUGAUGAGUUGUUGCAUCAGAGGUAUGAGUGAUUCUUUUUAGGUAGGCAUCAUUCAUGAACUUUUCCAUGAAUGAGUAAGGACAUUGAAAGAUGCAUGAGAUGAUGUUUGCAUCUUUGUGGUUGACUUAUAUCAUUGCGUGAUUCGUGAGGUACAUGUUCAAAGUAAUAUUCUUCUGCAUUAUAGUGAGAGAAAAACAAUCUGAAUUUUAGUAAUAAAUUGUUUUACCAAUUGUACAUUUAGGUAAUAAAAUACAGUAAAUUUUAAAAUUAUCUUUUAAGAUUGUGUGUGAACUUAAUUUUUUAAUUCAACAAAAUUGCUAAUGUGUUGAAAUUACUGUGUCUGGAAUGAAGUGUUAUUAUGCCACAACUUUCACCUAUCCCACCUUACUCAAGGGUAUAGGUAAAAAAUGGUAACAGUAUACUUUUAGUAACAUAGUUUAAUGACAUUUCUAGCAAUCUCUUUUUCCAGUGGCUUUAAACAGCAAAUAAAUUGAAUAAUAUUGUUCUCAUGUUAAAUUUUUAUUAUUUUUCUUAUUUAAAUUUAUUUUUAAAAAUUUAUGUGGGUACAUGGUAUGUGUAUAUAUUCAUGGCAUAUAUGGGUUACUUUGAUACAGGCAUACAACAUGUAAUCACAUCAGUGUAAAUGAGUUAUUCAUCACCUCAAGCAUUUAUCCUUUGUAUUACAAACAAUCCAAUUAUACACUUUAUUUUUAAAUGUACAAUUAAAUUAUUUUUUAUUACAAGUAAUUUUAUGGUUGUAUUCAGUAUUAUAUCAGAAUAUAAUGUAGACAUUUCUGUGUCCUGAAUACAUAUUUUUUUAAAUGUUCCAUAUUUUUCUGUGGACAUGUGGCUUCUCUUCUGGCAAACACAUACAGACUUUUAGUUUUGAUUUACAUGGAGAUAAAUAUAUAAAUGUAUUGCUCUAAGAUAAACCUUAGGUAUAAAAAAUUAUAGAACAAGCAAUUGUGUUUGGAAAUUUGUACCUAUUUUCCAAAGAAAAUAGCAACGUUGGGACAAAAAAUAUUCUUUUAAUAAUAUGUAUAACUGAUUAGAAACAUAAAAACCUAAAAUAUUCUGGAAACAAAUCUAUACUAUCUUCUUUGUAUUUAAUUAAUUACUGUAAAAUCUAAUGGAUCAUUGUUGAGAAUCUCCUUGUGCAAAUUACCUGUUUUGUCUGGUACUCAUGCUAGUGAUACAAUUCACUUGUUUCUCAUAGUUUUUUGUUUUAACUUCAUUAAGUAUUGUGUGAGCUGGUCAGAAAUUGUAAGAAUGAUUUUUAUAAAAUUUAGUAGAGCACACAAAAUAAAUUUAAGAUGUUCACAAUGUGUGUAUUAAGUAAUAUUUAGUUAGAACAUUUUGUUUAAUUGGGGAACCAUAUAUAAGCUGUUUAGUUAUUGUUCCUUUCACUUUUUAUAAUUUACAUAAUUGAGUUUAUUGGGCCAAUUCAAGUAAGUACUGGGAACACUUUAAAAGUUAUGAGGAUGUUUUGAUACAUAAUUGCAGUGAACAAACAUAAGAAAGUGAAGGGUGUGUAAUAGAUGCUCCAUAAUUAGGUACAAAUAUUUUUCUGAAGUUUAUUUGUAGGUCCAAGUAAGAGAUUGAAAAUAUCUGUGGUGAAGAAAUGGUAUUAAUUCUGCAUGUUAAGAGGACAUUUGUUCCCAGGCUGUAAAAGUGACUCAUUCUGAAUUUAAAUAAGAUUUCGGUGUUUAUAUUCUAAUUAUCUUCAGGUUUUUUUUUGAUGUCUUUAUGUGUUCAUCCUCAGCUGUGUGUACCUCACAGCCCUUCUCCUGAUUUGUGUUAUGGCUACAGUUUUUUCACUCUUCUCUUCAUGCCAUGUAAUUUCACAUGGAUUUUCUAGGUUCUCAUGAAAAGUUUGGAUUUUUUUUAAUGUGGUAAAUUACUGUUUUUAAGUGGGGUGUUUGUAUAGUUUAUCAAUGCAACAUUUAUAUUACUUAAGAGUCAUUUACUGUUCACAUGUAAAAGGAUUCAGUCAGUCAGCAUUGUUUUUCUCUGUAAAAGAAAAAUUUUAUGAGAUUCUAAACAAAGUGUGUUAAAUGAAACAUAAGCUAGAAUAGGUAAAGCAUUAAUAUGGGUGGAUUGCAUAUUAUAACUACCAUAUGAAGAAACUCAUCCAAAUUUUGAAAUCUCUUAGAAGAAAAUAUGUCUUAGAAAUAAAUUUCUAGGCCGGGCAAAGUGGCUCACGCCUGUA